AUGACAGAGAAUCAAUUGUACACGUCAUUUAGCAAUGAGCAGGCAUUAUCGACAAAUCUAUGUGAUUGUGCGAGCCAAGACAUAGUAUUCGAUCUAGAGAAAUAUAGCUUCUAUCUCGACAAGAUUCGAGCAUUCUUUGUGCCUAGUCUGGAAUACAGAGUCCGUUCUUUGUUGGAAGAGUUCGUGUAUAGCACAAAUUCUCGAUGGGUUAAGCAGUUUCCAUGUUUCAAGAAAUUCAUCGACAUAAUAGUUAUGUGGAAGGAUCCUCUGAACAGAGUCGCCGAAUAUGAUGUCGGUACGAUGGGAGAAAUGAUGAGAAAUAUCAUUAAACGCAUGAUAAAUGACAAUCUGAUCACCUGCUUUUUGGAUUCUGUCAUUGUGCAUCAUAGAUUGAAUAAAGUUUGUUGCGAGCUAGACACGUUGGGCAUCGAGGACAAUAUUUUAAGAAGCUUCAACGUGUGGAAUUUUGUCAAUGAACGGGACUUUUUGCUGGAUUGCAAUUGCUUCACGUAUGUUACGUUGUUGAGAGAGAUUUUUUACCAAAAAUUUAAAACAGAAUAUGCCAAGUAUUGGCGAUUGAAUGAUCAUUUAUUUAACUGACAAGUCCUAGCUUUGAUGAAAGAUUAUAAUUUCUUUAUUAAAUGUUUAUCGCGGAUGCUUUAGUUCUUUAUCGGUUUAGAUGAAAUAAAAUUAUGUCUAAUUCUAUUCAAUAGGGGCUUUAACCCGGUACCCUGCAAUUC